AUGGGGAGUUUCCAUUUGAAACCACCCUUCAUUGUUUUUAUAGUAUCAACUUUAUUAUUGUCAUACAACUUUUGCCAUGCUGAUAGAAACGUAGAGCGAGGUUGGACGUGUUCAGAACCUGAUAAUUCCACAGUUGGUAACUCAUUCCAGACCAAACUUAACAAUAUUUUGUAUUCACUUGCAUCAAUUGUGUCUCAUAACAGUGGUUUCUACAAAGCCACAGCUGGCAAAGACUUCAACGAGAUUUAUGGCCUCAUACAAUGUAGAGGUGACAUAUCUGCUCAAGACUGCACUAAUUGCACCGGAGAGUCUAUCAAGGUAGCCUUGCAUAGAUGCCCAGAAAGCGAAAGUGUUGUGGUUUGGUUCACAUGGUGUUUCCUGCGCUAUUCAGAUGAAACGUUCUUUGGAGUUUCAGAGCAAUAUGGGUUGGGUACCUUUGAUACCAAUGGUUCAUGGGCACACUUGCAUCUACGACUCCAAAUCAGCCUUUGA